UAAACUCGGUCCUUUACCUUUGCCCUUAGUUGUCCUAUGCAGCAACUUCGCUCCACAGGCUGUUGCGUCGCGAAAUGCCUGCUGCAAUAAGUCAAGAUAAUUUUGGCCAGACUAAAGACGGGAGAUGUGUGACAAGGUACACACUGAGCAGCAGUAGUGGACGGCUGGUUGUUCGCAUUCUGGACUAUGGGGGUAUCAUUACAGAGAUUAAUGUCCCUGACCGCAAUGGCAAAGUCUCAGAUAUCAAUCUUGGGUUGGAUGAUAUGGCAGACUAUGAGACCAAAAGUCCUUACUUUGGGGCUUUGAUUGGACGUGUGGCAAAUCGCAUCGCCGGAGGCAGGUUUGUCCUGGAUGGCCAGACAUAUCAACUGUUUAUUAAUAAUGGACCCAACUCUCUUCAUGGAGGCCGAAUUGGAUUUGACAAGAAAAUCUGGAAUGCACAUGUGGAUGGAGACCAGUUGGUUCUUAAGUACACCAGCCCUGAUGGUGAAGAAAACUAUCCAGGGGAGUUAACCACAACUGUGCGGUACAGGGUGUCAGAUGAUGAUGAGUUAUGGAUAACUUACGAGGCUACAACUACAAAACCAACACCUGUGAAUCUUACAAACCAUGCUUACUUCAACUUGGCUGGACAUGGAGCAGGGACCCUAGAUGACCAUGUUGUCACCAUUGCUGCUGACAGCUUUCUAGUUCUUGAUGAGAAUUCAAUCCCUACAGGUUAUCAAUACUUGGUAGAAAGCACUGAAUGGGAUCUGAGAAAGCCAGUGCGAAUGGAUGAUCGUUUACACCAGGUGCCUGGGGGCAAAGGAUUUGACCACAAUUUUUGUCUGACUCAAGGCUCCAGUCGUGAACCUAAGUUUGCUGCCAGGGUUGAACAUCCACCCUCAGGCAGAUUUAUAGAAUGCAAAACUACAGAGCCAGGUCUGCAGUUUUACACUUGUUUCUACCUGAAUGUGCCCAGUGCCAAAGGAGGAGCUGUUUAUCGACAGUUCGGAGCCUUCUGCUUAGAGGCUCAGCAUUAUCCAGACAGUGUUAAUCAUCCUUCAUUCCCAAAUACUGUACUGAGACCAGGCGAAACCUAUCAUCAAACAACGGUUUACAAGUUUGGAGCUGCCUAAUCCUGGGAUUUUUUUCAGGACUGAAAAUGCAAAUAUUUUAUGUGGCAAAAAAAAGUAUUUUGCAUAUAUAUAUAUAUAAAUAUUCAUUUUAAGGGUGGUUAAACAAAAUGAUAAAAUUUUAUUUUAAGUACUUGUAUUUGAUAGCUGUAUUAGUGAACAAUUUUUCAUGUUAUUCAUGAUUCUUUAAUUACCUUUUCGUUUUCGUCAUAAUUGUGCAUGGUGAUAUAUCGGUAUAUGAAUGAUCGGUUUCCUAUUAUAUAGUUGAAUAAUUUGGAAGACUGUUGAAUAUUAGGUUGCACCCAGGACAUAGUGAAAACAUGGUAUUAGAUACACUUGCUACUAGAUGUCCUGUCUGCUGGUUUUGUAUAUCUAGUGUUUAGUCAUUGUUUUAGACCAGGGGUGGGCAGAGUUUUCUUUUUGCAGGCCGGUCACAAUAUUUUAUGUGUCGGACUGGUAAAAUACCCACGCCAGGUGAUUGCACAUCAAAUCUAGUGAUAAUGAAAUGAACACCUUAUGGCGUUCACUUUACUGAAUUUAUUGUGUGAAGUGAAGCUGUUUAAUUCGCUCAGCGUCAAACUUUAAAACCAGCCUUUCCUUUGAAAACAACCGCCCUCGAUGCUCUCUAACGACUACACCAGAAAUGUCAGCCCUGUUAUUUGUUAUCUUCAUACUUUGUUUUAGAAUGUUACCUACUCUCGAUUUCUGACGCUGUUGUACUUAAUAAAUUUAAAUUAAAAGGCUGAAUAAAAAUAUGUAAAACAUGUGCACUUCACAUUUUGGUAGACAGGCCGGUCCAAAAACGUCCGAGGGCUGUAGUUACCCACCCCUGUUUUAGACAAUGGUAACUUGAAACCAUGAUAAAAUAAUAUUGUGACGCUAAAUGUUUGCAAGUCAAGGAUUGCUAAAAUGUAAAAUGAAAUUAAUAGGUAUUUAGAACCAAAGUCUUUCAUUGGCAAGUCUAUGGAAGCUGUAACCUGGUUCAAUUUUCCGUGCUUAUACUGUUGCUGAAUCAAAUCAGUGGGAAAUAAAACAACUCAUAACUCA